AUGAGCGUUCAUUCUUCAUCUUUCCCGGCCUCACCGUCCUCCUCCUCGCUGUCUGCAGCCGUGCUGGUUUUGUACUUUAAGUACUUCCUGAGGUGGGACGACGACUUCGCCACCACCAUCUACCACACCUUUGUGGCCCUGUGCUACCUGUCCCCCAUCCUGGGGGCCAUUAUUGCUGACUCAUGGCUUGGAAAGUUUAAGACGAUCGUUUACCUGUCCAUCGUCUAUGCGCUGGGACAGGUGAUCCUGGCCGUGAGCGCCAUCCAUGACAUCACGGACUCGGACAGGGACGGGACCCCUGACAACAUGAACCUCCACAUAGCUCUGUCCAUGGUGGGACUGCUCCUCAUCGCUAUGGGAACCGGGGGCAUCAAACCAUGCGUGGCCGCCUUCGGUGGAGACCAGUUUGAUGAAAGUCAGGAGAAGCAGAGAAGCACCUUCUUCUCCAUCUUCUACCUGUCCAUUAACGCAGGAAGCCUGCUGUCCACGGUCAUCACGCCCAUCCUCAGAGCGAAGGAGUGUGGUAUUUACACACAGCAGAAAUGCUACUCGCUGGCGUUCGGAGUCCCGGCUGCUCUCAUGGUGGUUGCUCUGAUUGUGUUCAUCGUUGGAAGUAGGAUGUACAAUAAGACCGCCCCACAGGGCAACAUCAUGGUCAAAGUCUGCAGAUGCAUUGGAUUUGCUGUCAAGAACCGCUUCGCUCAUCGUUCCUCUCAAUACCCCAAGAGGGAGCACUGGAUGGACUGGGCUGAGGAGAAAUAUGAUAAACUCCUGAUAGCCCAGGUGAAGAUGGUGGUGAAGGUGCUGUUCCUCUACAUUCCUCUGCCCAUGUUCUGGGCUCUCUUCGACCAGCAGGGCUCAAGAUGGACCCUCCAGGCCACCACCAUGAAUGGAGACUUUGGGUUGCUCACAAUCAUGCCGGAUCAGAUGCAGACCGUCAACCCCAUCUUCAUCCUCAUCUUGGUCCCCAUUAUGGACAGUGUGGUCUACCCCCUGAUUUCCAAGUGCAAAUUAAAUUUCACACCUUUACGGAGGAUCACUGUCGGGAUGUUCCUGGCUGCUCUGGCCUUCGUAUCUGCUGCUCUGGUCCAGUUACAGAUCGAUAAAACUCUGCCCACGUUCCCGUCGGCCAGAGAGGGGCAAGCAAAGUUCAUCAACGCCAUCAACAGGCCGCUAACAGUCACAGCUGGAGACCAAAGCUUCACGCUGGAAGCUUUCUCGGCCAACAAUGACUAUCUGACCUUUGAUGACCAGUUUCAACUGACUGUGGAAAAUAUGACUGAGUUAGUCACUUUAAAUGGCGGCACUCGAAACACCAUGACUAUUGUUCAGGAUGGAGACCGACCCAGCUUCACGCCGUUCAAAGACAUCACAGCAAAGCCGGAGGAGGGAGCCAACUCCCUCAGGUUUUUUAAUGGUUUCCGGUCAGUUCUGAACAUAACAGUGGGGGACAAGUGGUUCGGGGACAUCGUCUCCAACAACAUGUCCCAGUAUGUCAAUGUCUCGCGGGGAAACGCUGAGCUCAUCAUCAAGAACAACGCUGGAGACGAGUGCACCUUCACGAAGACCCUGGGCUUUGGCAGCUCCUUCACCUUCAUCAUCCCCUCUACUUUCACAUUUGAAGGAAAUUGUGCGCAGAGCAUUCGGGAAGUGAUGGACAUGGAGCCCAACUCCGUCCACAUGGCCCUGCAGAUUCCUCAGUAUUUCCUCAUGACGUCCGGAGAAGUUGUCUUCUCAGUGACUGGUCUGGAGUUCUCUUACUCGCAGGCACCCAGCAACAUGAAGUCUGUGCUGCAGGCCGGUUGGCUGCUAAGUGUUGCCGUAGGAAACAUCAUCGUGCUCAUCGUUGCAGAAGCAGCAACACUUCCAGACCAGUGGGCUGAAUACAUCCUCUUUGCAUCACUGCUGGUGUUGGUCUGCAUAAUCUUUGCCAUCAUGGCCUACUUCUACACCUACACUGACCCAGCCAAGAUAGAAGCCCAGUUUGCCGUCAUGGAGCCUGAAGAUAAGGAGAAGAAGAAGAAAAGUUUGGAAAUGAUCAAGAAGGACUCAGCUGAGCACCACGACGAGGACAGGAGGAGUUCUGAUUCCAGUUCCGAUGAAGAGGAAACUAAACAGAGCAGGAUGUGAAUCAACCCGACGUAAAUGAUGCUUUGGGUUCAUUUGUUUUUAGUUCUCUAUGCUGAUAUACAAUCACAAAGAGCCCAUUACAAUCUGUAUUUAUUUCCAAGCGCAGUAUUGUAUGUAUUGUAAACUAUUUUGUACAUUAAUAUCUGGACCAGGUAAUAAUCUAACAUCGUCUUAGUCACCCAGAAAUAUUCCAUAUUCAAGGUUCAGAUUUGAUUUUGGCCCAGAAGAAGCCCCCUGAGGGGAUGCCUGUUGGUCAAGGCCUACAGCGAAGAGGCUAACAGGGUGGUGCAUGUGAUGAAACAUGAAUCUG